AUGGUCCCAAAUGAAGCCCAUCAAUACGUGGGUAUUAUCAAACUGCUUCAGCAUUUUGGAUGGACCUGGGUCGGGCUCUUUGCUGUGGAUGAUGACAGUGGAGACCAUUUCUUACAGGACAUGGAGCUGCUCUUUCCCCAGUAUGGAAUCUGUUCAGCUUUUACAGAAAGAAUCCCAAACCAAGUCAAUUGGGAUACCAUACACGACAUUAAUAACAUUAUGUCAAAUAUGUAUCUGCCUUUCAGGGAUAGAAAAGUUGGCACAUUUAUCUUUUAUGGAGAAUCCAGGACAAUAAUAUCUUUUAAUAGUGUUAUGUUUCUAGCAGAUCCUGACUAUAAAGAAAACAUGUCAUGGAGAAAGGUGUGGAUUAUGACGGCCCAAGUUGAUUUUGCCUUAACAGGCCUCCAGCGGGCCUGGGAUUUCCAGUUCUUCCAAGGUGCACUUUCCUUUCGGAUUCACUCAAAUGAGCUUUUAGGGUUCCACGACUUUCUUAAGAAAAUCAGACCGUCUUUGGAAAGAAAAGACAGUUUUCUCAAGGAGUUUUGGGAACAAGCAUUCACCUGUUCAUUACAUGAUCUCCAGGACCCGGAAAACGAUGAUCCACUGUGUACAGGGGAAGAGAGCCUGGCCAGCCUUCCAGGGCAUGUUUUUGAAAUUGGCAUGAGUGGCCAUAGCUACAGCAUCUACAAUGCGGUCUAUGGCAUGGCACAUGCUUUGCACACCAUGCGCACCUCUGUGUCCAAUCACAGAGAAAUAGUAUGGGAGAAAAGACUGGAAUUUCAUGAUCUCCAGCCUUGGCAGCUGCACUUGUUCCUUCAACGCAUUUCAUUUAACAACUCAGCAGGGGAAACGCUGUCUUUUUCGGACAACAGGGAAAUGGGAGAUGGAUUUGAUAUCAUGAACUUGGUCACAUUCCCAAACAAGACUUUUGUUAGAGUGAAAGUGGGAAGUGUGAAUUCUAAUGCUCCAGAAGGGCAAGUAUUCAUCCUUCAUGGAGAAACAAUUGUGUGGCAAGCAGGUUUUAACCAGGGGCUGCCCAUGUCUGUGUGCAGUGACUACUGCCACCCUGGUUCUCAGAAGAAAAAGAAGGAGGGAGAGAAGUUUUGUUGCUAUGAUUGUGCUCCUUGCCCAGAAGGGGAAAUUUCCAGCCACCAAGACAUGGUUGAUUGUAUCAGAUGCCCAGAAGAUCAAUAUGCAAGCAAGGAGAAAGAUGAAUGCAUCAAAAAAGUGAUAACCUUCUUAUCAUUUGAAGAACCUCUAGGGAUCAGUUUAGCUUUGCUUGCUGUUUCUUUUUUCCUGAUCACAGCCUUAGUGCUAGGAGUUUUUAUUAAGAACAAAGAUACCCCCAUAGUCAAGGCUAACAACCGGGAUAUCACCUACACCCUCCUCGUCUCCCUUCUGCUCUGCUUCCUCUGUUCCUUGCUAUUCCUAGGGAAACCAAGCAUUGUGACCUGCUUCUUGCGACAACCUGCUUUUGGCAUGGUCUUCUCAGUGGCUGUUUCUUGUGUCUUGGCCAAAACCAUCACAGUGAUUCUAGCUUUCAUGGCCACCAAACCAGGAACUGGCAUGAGGAGGUGGGUGGGGAAAAGACUGGCUAACUCCAUUGUCUUUUGCUGCUCCCUUCUGCAAGCCGGUAUCUGUAUGGUGUGGCUAGGAACCUCUCCCCCGUUCCCAGAUUUAGACAUGCAUUCCAUGGCUGAUAAGAUUGUAGCAGAAUGUAAUGAAGGGUCUGUUGUCAUGUUUUAUAUUGUUCUGGGUUACUUGGGACUUCUGUCUCUCAUAAGCUUGGCUGUAGCUUUCAUAGCCAGGAAGUUGCCCGACAGUUUUAACGAGGCCAAGUUCAUCACCUUCAGCAUGCUGAUCUUUUGCAGUGUUUGGAUGUCCUUUGUUCCAACCUACCUGAGCACCAAAGGGAAAUACAUGGUAGCUGUGGAGAUCUUCUCUAUCUUGGCCUCCAGUGCUGCAUUACUGGCUUGGAUCUUUUCCAUCAAAUGCUUUAUCAUUCUUCUGAGACCUGAGCUGAACAGCAAAGAACAGCUAAUAAGGAGAAAGAAUUAA